GGCACUUCCGGGUAGGGAGAUCUGCAAGGAGCAUCAUGAAACCGGUCUCUGGAUCCCCAGGGAUAGACAGGAGACUGAAACACCGGCUUGAACAGUAUUUGAGCAGCAACAGAUGUGGUAGCUUUGUGGAUAUCGCUGCUGUAGCCGCUGAUCUCCAGAAAGCAUUCAGGUUAGAUUAUGGCAGGAGAAAACAAAAUGCUUUUAGAAUACAGGUAGAAAAAGUUUUUAAAGUUAUUUGCAGCGAGAACGAUGAGUUGGCGCACCUGGAGGAUGAGCAUACAGCCAAGAGAGCGCGAAGAGGAAAUGGAGGAGAUUUGGAGAGUUUUUCUGAGGACUCCACAGACAGCGAUGUCUACACAGAUCAACCGUCAUCCAAUCACCUGAAUAACUCACUGCUGUCCUUGUACCGGAAAGGAAAUGCUGAUUCCAUUUUGGAUACCCCUUCCAAAAAUGAGAAUCCAGACACCAGCACCCCUGCUCCUAUCAAAGCAGCACGUGGUGACGCUGACGGUACUCCACGGGGCACUAAGACCUCAGAAGGCGGCUGGUUCAUUGAUAAAACCCCGAGCAGGGCUAUCGAGAAGAGCAUCUUAAUAGACUUGAGUGAGGAUGUGGAAGGAGACCAGACAACCGAACCCAAACAGAAUUCCGUAGACGUCUCUCUCCUGGAGAGUGAGAAAAAGAAACUGAAGUUUAAGAAGAUCCGAAAAGGAAAGUCUGGCUCUCACGAUGUAGACAAGGACAUAGAAUCUGCUCUGAUGAACAAAGUGAAAGGGAAAGUCCACGAGCUGCAGAGGUCCUCAUUCUCGUUUCAGGAUAUUGGGGGGAAUGACCAUACUCUCAAGGAAGUCUGUAAGAUGAUGAUCCACAUGCGACACCCAGAGGUAUACCAGCACCUAGGUGUGGUGCCGCCUCGAGGCUUUCUACUGCACGGACCUCCAGGAUGUGGGAAAACCUUACUGGCUCAGGCCAUUGCUGGGGAACUUGAUCUGCCAAUGUUAAAAGUUGCUGCCACAGAAAUGGUAUCUGGUGUUUCCGGGGAGUCCGAGCAGAAACUCAGAGAGCUCUUUGACCAAGCUCUGUCCAGUGCCCCGUGUAUCCUCUUCAUAGAUGAGAUCGAUGCCAUCACCCCCAAAAGGGAGGUCGCCUCCAAAGACAUGGAGAGGAGAAUUGUGGCCCAACUACUAACCUGCAUGGAUGACUUAAACAGUUCAGCAGUGACUGCCCAGGUCCUCGUCAUUGGAGCUACGAAUCGCCCAGACGCCCUGGACCCAGCUCUGAGACGCGCUGGGAGGUUUGACCGCGAGAUUUGUCUGGGUAUACCAGAUGAAGGAGCAAGACUAAGGAUUCUGCAGACUUUGUGUAGGAAAUUGAAGCUCCCAGAAUCCUUUGAUUUCCAGUGCCUGGCACACCUGACACCGGGGUAUGUAGGAGCCGAUUUAAUGGCACUUUGCCGUGAAGCCGCCACGUGUGCCGUGAACCGAGUGCUCAUCAGACGUGAUGAUCCGCAACCACAGGAGGCCUGCCUAGAAGAAUCUACCGAAUGUGCAGAAUCAAAACCCCAAACGCACAAAAUAGAGAUGGAACACACGAACGAAGAGUUUCACAAACUGCUGGAGCUGCUGAAGAGCCAGGACCCCUUACCUGAGGAUGUUCUGCAGAGCUUGCGCAUCGAGAUGGACGAUUUCCUGAACGCUCUGCCCUCUGUCCAGCCUUCUGCCAAGAGAGAAGGCUUCGCAACUGUCCCCGACGUGACCUGGGCAGACAUCGGAGCCUUGGAGACAAUCCGCGAGGAGCUUACAAUGGCCAUACUGGCGCCUGUGAGGAACCCCGAGCAGUUUAAGGCUCUCGGUCUGAUGGCCCCCGCUGGCGUGUUACUCGCAGGCCCCCCCGGCUGUGGCAAAACAUUGCUUGCAAAAGCUGUAGCCAAUGAGUCUGGACUUAAUUUCAUCUCCGUCAAAGGCCCCGAGCUGUUAAACAUGUAUGUUGGUGAGAGCGAGCGAGCUGUGCGUCAGGUCUUUCAAAGAGCUGCCAACUCUGCCCCCUGUGUCAUAUUCUUUGAUGAAAUUGAUGCUUUGUGUCCUCGUAGGUCAGGGCAUGAGGCCGGAGCCAGCGUACGAGUUGUCAAUCAGCUGCUGACUGAGAUGGACGGACUGGAGAGCCGACGACAAGUCUUCAUCAUGGCAGCAACGAACCGACCAGAUAUCAUUGACCCAGCCAUUCUUCGACCUGGGCGAUUGGACAAAACCCUCUAUGUGGGUCUUCCGCCCCCGGCUGAUCGCUUUGCCAUUUUAAAGACAAUCACCAAGAAUGGCACCCGACCACCCCUGGAAUCGGAUAUCAACCUGGAAGAAAUUGCCUCCGAUGUGCGCUGUGAUUGUUUUACGGGCGCAGAUCUCUCCGCUCUGGUUCGAGAAGCGUCAGUGAGUGCGUUGAGAUAUAAAAUGCUGCAACAGAAUCCAGAUAUUGGCACAGGUGAAAUCAAAGUAAGCCAGAAACACUUUGAAGUGGCGUUUACCAAAGUAAAGCCCUCUGUCUCCAAGAAGGAUCAACUGAUGUACGAGAUUCUUCGGCAGUCUCUGAGCCAGUGAUCGAUGAGACCUUUUUAGAACUCUUCAUUGAACAGUUUUGGAGCAGAUUGCUGUAUGAACAACUUUUUUUUUGUUUUUUUAAUUGAAAAGAUGUUUGUUGUCUUUUCAGUCCAGCAGUUUUGUGUUUUUCUUUAAAAAUGCUAGCUGUACUUUGCAAAUGGAAGCCAUAUAUGUUGCUUAAAUAACUAAAUUAAAUGGCCAUUUUA